AUGACUCGUGUCUUCGCCCUCUCCCUUGCUGCCGUUGCUGUCGUCUGUGCCGUUGCGGACGAAACAACUCUUGUUGUUCCUUUUGUCGAUCCACAAGCAAUCAGCGCGAAGGUCAUUGGAGUGGACGCGGGUCAAGCACGUACAACAUACGAGCUCGCCCAAGGAGCCUACACUGGGACAUGGACAGACCCUCAGGGCAGUUUCCCAGGCACUGCGACGCUUGUCGAAGGGGCGGACUAUGCAUCUUUUACUUAUGUCGUCAACGACCGUGAAGGCUCGUUCACUGCUGGUGGAGUUUGCAACUUCGCGAACGGGCAGGAGACGUGUGUGGCUGUUGAGGCUGAUUCAGCCGGACCCGUAACAGUCACCCAUACGGAUGCCGCUCGGCCAUUCGGACUGCAGAUCCUCCCUGCCACUGGGACACCUGCGCCGAGCCAGUCCAAUUCCAGCCCUAAUCCCGCCAAAAGUAACUCUGGCGGGGCGAGCAACACAAACAGCGCUGGUGGAAGUGCUCCGUCAAGCCCAUCGCCAAAUGCUGCAAAUCGUCUGACCGCAAUAGCGCCGAUCCUUGGUGCGGUCGUCGGAGCGUUACUUGUGCUUGCUUGA